GUUGAGCAUGAAUACUAUAUUUUGAAACAACUUGAAGGUGGAGUUGGCAUCCCACACACCUUCUGGUUUGGUAGAGAGUCAGUGCAUCAUGUUCUGGUCCUUGAACUCCUUGGGCCAUCACUCCACCAACUUUUCCUUGCGAACAAUCGAAGAUUCAGCCUUCUCAAUGUUGUCAAUCUUGGAGUCCAGUUGCUCUCAUGUCUUGAGUAUGUUCAGUCACACAAUUAUGUUCAUGGUGACAUUAAACUGCAGAACAUCUUGGUGGGUCUUGGAAAUUUGAGGCACACCACCUAUAUCAUCAAUUUUGGAAUCACAAAGACAUACUGGAACACUAAAACCAGUGACCAUGUACCAUUUCGCCAUGGUCAAAGUCUCUCUGGUACUCCUGCACUUGCCUCAAUCAACAAUCACCUAGGAGUUGAGCCAGGUCACCAUGACAAUCUUGAGUCACUCACUUACAUGCUAAUCUAUUUUUUGUGUGGCUCCCUUCUAUGGUUAGCCAGUGAUGACAAGAAAUUAUCCAGCUCUACCAUACUUGAGCACAAAGCAUGUGCUACCAUUGCAGAAAUAUGCCAUGACAUCCCUGUUGAAUUCGCAAACAUUCUUAUUUACACCCACUCUCUCACAUUUGCUGAAGAUCCUGAUUACAAUCAUCGUCAUUCACUACUACAUGAUCUU